AUAAUUUGAGCGUAUAAGGUGAUCGGAUAUUUAAAAAGUAGGACUCUUUUUUUGUUUUGUUUUUUUUUUGUUUUAUAUAUCAAAUCCUCUGUAACAUGAAUAAUAAGUAAAUAAUUUGAUAUUAAGGAGAAAACAACCAUGAGUACCCAGAAGAAAAGAAAUGUGUACGUGAAGGUCAACUUUCUGAAGGUCACUGAUAUAGACACAAUAAAGGAAGUGUUUCAUGCGGAUGUCCUCGUAAAAGUUCGAUGGCGGGAGCCGUCAUUAGACAACGCCAAGGACCUAUCAGUGUCCGACUUCAGUAAAUACUGGAAUCCAAAGAUUGUUAUAAGCAACAGUGCGCCAAACGCCACGUGCAAAACAUGGAGGGCCGCAAAACUUGCUAAAGAUGGAGAAGCGUUCAUCACAGAGAAAUUUAGAAUUAAAGGUGUUUUUGCUGAGAAUUUGGAAUUACACGACUUCCCUUUUGAUGUUCAGGAUUUGUCAAUAGUUGUGUCUUCAGAGUUAGACGAUGACGUAGUGGAUAUUGUAGAGGACAAUGAGGAAGUUUCUGCGGUAAACGUUCUUUGUUUUGUUGACGAUACGGAAUGGACUGUACGUGAUUUAGUGUAUUCCGAACCGAGGACGUUCAACAAGGAGAUAGCGGAGACGCAGUUCAAGAAUCCCGCACUGCUUGUGAAAUGUGUGGCGACAAGGAACGCCGGAUUUUUCCUCUAUAAUAUUAUUCUAAUUAUGACGAUGAUAUCUACAUUAUCAUUGACUACAUUUGCUGUCGACAAAGCUUUGAUCCAAAACCGACUUCAGUUAGCAUUUAUUAUCACCCUGACAGGAGUUACAUUCAAAAUGGUGUCCAACCAAAGUCUACCAAAGAUCCCAUACCUUACACAUCUGGACCGGUUUAUAAUCGGAAGUAUGGUAUUUAACUGGUUAGUUUGUAUCUGGCACGCCAUUUUGUCACAAUAUAAAAACGACAGCAACCAGGGUGAUAUGGACAGAAUUGCAUUCUUCACGUUAAUCGGUCUUCUGGGGUUCUUUCAUCUUGUUUUCUGGCUGUUGGUCCUUAUAAAGAGAAUAUACCAGGAGUUCAAACUGAAAGAUAGAGAGGCAGUUUAUCAGGAAAAGGCAUUGCGUUUGAUGGGAUCUACCUGGAAGAGUGACAGAAUGAACAGAAGGCGGAAGGUCACACGAAAAAAUAAAAUAGACGCAGGUGGAAAUUUCGUCUGAAAGGGAUUGGAUAUUUCAGCAUUGUUACAACAGUUACUUCCCUUUGAUUCGUUGUCUGACAUUUGCCUACCAACAAGAUGCAUGGGAAGCUGUAUGUGCGCCUACUUUAAAAAAAAAAACUAUUUCCACUGCAACCAUGUAUUAAAUACUAUACAUGAAACAAAAGGAGAUUUUUUCUUCCACUUAUAAGGCUAUGUUUACCAAUAAAACACUGUUCUUUGUUUCAAAACCUUAAAUUCUGCCAGUUCAGGGCCAUACCGCCAUACAAUAAUUAUUCAGUGGAGCCUCUCCAGAGCGGCCCUUUCUAUAGCAAAAACCUCUCCACAACAGCAUCAUCAAAAUUUCCCACAGAUGAAAUUUACUAUCAAUUUAACCUCUAUGGAGCAACAACCUCUCGACAGAGAUUAAUAUCUGUAUCUCCCAAAGGGUGUUGCUCUGCAGAGGUUGCACUGUACUUUCUAUAUUUUCACUUUGUAAUGUCGCUUGUUCAUAGACAUUUUUCAUACAAUUCAUCUAUACUAACUUGUUGCUUCAAAAAUGCCAAAAAGAGACAGGGUUGUCGCAAAUUAUACCAGCAGAAGUCGGGUACCAUCAUAUUGCUCCAUUUCAGAUCCAGUAUCACAGAAUAAACACACUAAAGACUCGAAUAUACAGAUAAAAGAAAACGCCUAAUUUAAUAUAAAUACGCUAGAAAUAGAACUACAUCUAUUAAGGAUUUUUCGACUGAAAAUCAUUACUCACAAUUUCCUAGGAAACUGCAUUUGAGCCGUGCCAUGAGAAAACCAACAUAGUGGGUUGGCGACCAGCAUGGAUCCAGACCAGCCUGCGCAUCCACACAGUCUGGUCAGGAUCCAUGCUGUUCGCUUUCAAAACCUCUUGCAAUUAGAGAAACCGUUAGCGAACAGCAUGGAUCCUGACCAGACUGCGCGGAUGCGCAGGCUGGUCAGGAUCCAUGCUGGUCGCAAAGCCACUAUGUUGGUUUUCCCAUGGCACGGCUCAUUUUACACUAAUGGUGAUCAUUUGAAUGCCUGAAGGAGGGAGAAAUAUGAAAAUAUAUUAAUGAAAUACAGUUCUCUAUUGUAAUGUUCACUAAAGUCUAUUUAUGGUAAAACUUAUGAAACUUUAUAUUAUGUUCUAAUUUAUUUAUUAUGUUUGUUAGCCUUCACUGUUGUUUUGGUACAGAUUAAAUGAUACAUAAAUGAUAAUUUGAAAUUUC